GACGUCACCCGGCCGCCCCACCGGCGGGGCGGGGCGGGAGCCGCGGCCGCAGCCUCCAUGGCCGGUGCCAUGUUGGGGAGGAAGUGAGAGCGGGAGGCGGCGGCGGCGGCCAGGAAGGAGCCCUUCCCUUUUCCCUCCUGCCGGGGCGGGCGCGGGUUUCCCGGCCACGGCGGCUUGCGAGAACCCCGGCGCGGGCGGUGCGGCGGCGGCAGCUGGCGGCGGCGGAGCUGAGCGCCCCGGAGGCGGCAGUGGCCUAAGAUGGCGGACCCGGCGGAGUGUAACAUCAAAGUGAUGUGUCGCUUCAGGCCCCUCAACGAGUCCGAAGUGGCCCGAGGCGACAAGUACAUCGCUAAGUUCCAGGGCGAAGACACCGUCGUCAUCGCGUCCAAGCCAUAUAUAUUUGACCGUGUAUUCCAGUCAAACACAUCACAAGAACAAGUAUACAAUGACUGUGCUAAAAAGAUUGUCAAAGAUGUACUUGAGGGAUACAAUGGUACAAUAUUUGCUUAUGGGCAAACAUCAUCUGGAAAGACACACACUAUGGAAGGGAAGCUUCAUGACCCAGAUGGAAUGGGCAUUAUUCCAAGAAUAGUGCAAGAUAUUUUUAAUUAUAUUUACUCCAUGGAUGAGAAUCUUGAGUUUCAUAUUAAGGUGUCAUAUUUUGAAAUAUACUUGGAUAAAAUAAGGGACCUUUUGGAUGUUUCAAAGACCAAUCUUUCUGUCCAUGAGGACAAAAAUAGAGUUCCCUAUGUAAAGGGUUGCACAGAGCGUUUUGUAUGUAGUCCAGAAGAAGUUAUGGAUACUAUAGAUGAAGGAAAAUCAAAUCGACACGUAGCAGUUACAAAUAUGAAUGAACACAGCUCCCGAAGUCAUAGUAUUUUUCUUAUUAAUGUAAAACAAGAGAAUACUCAAACAGAACAGAAACUAAGUGGAAAACUUUACCUUGUGGACUUGGCAGGUAGUGAAAAGGUUAGUAAAACUGGAGCAGAAGGUGCUGUGCUGGAUGAGGCCAAGAACAUCAACAAGUCUUUGUCUGCUCUUGGAAAUGUCAUCUCAGCACUGGCUGAAAGCAGUACAUAUGUUCCAUAUCGUGAUAGCAAAAUGACCAGAAUCCUUCAAGAUUCACUAGGGGGUAAUUGCAGAACCACUAUUGUUAUUUGUUGUUCUCCAUCUUCUUACAAUGAAUCUGAAACUAAAUCUACUCUUCUGUUCGGCCAAAGAGCAAAGACCAUUAAGAACACAGUCUGUGUCAAUGUGGAGCUCACUGCAGAACAGUGGAAGAAAAAGUAUGAGAAGGAAAAAGAGAAAAACAAGACUCUGCGUAACACCAUACAGUGGCUGGAAAAUGAGCUCAACAGAUGGAGGAAUGGGGAGACUGUACCAGUUGAUGAACAGUUUGACAAGGAGAAGGCCAACUUAGAAGCUUUUGCAGUGGACAAGGAUAUUUCUGUUAUUAAUGAUAAACCAGCUACCACAAUUGGAGUAACUGGCAAUUUCACCGAUGCUGAGAGAAGGAAAUGUGAGGAAGAAAUUGCCAAACUUUACAAACAACUGGAUGACAAGGAUGAAGAAAUUAAUCAGCAGAGUCAACUAGUAGAAAAACUGAAGACACAGAUGUUGGAUCAGGAAGAGCUUCUGGCGUCAACCAGACGGGACCAAGACAACCUGCAAGCAGAGUUGAAUCGCCUUCAGGCUGAAAAUGAUGCUUCUAAAGAGGAAGUGAAAGAGGUGUUACAAGCCCUUGAAGAAUUAGCUGUCAACUAUGAUCAGAAAUCUCAGGAAGUAGAAGAUAAGGCAAAGGAAUAUGAACUGCUUAGUGAUGAACUCAAUCAAAAAUCGGUCACUUUAGCCAGUAUAGAUGCAGAGCUUCAGAAACUUAAAGAAAUGACCAACCAUCAGAAGAAACGAGCAACAGAAAUGAUGGCCUCCUUACUAAAAGAUCUUGCAGAGAUUGGAAUUGCAGUAGGAAAUAAUGAUGUCAAGCAGCCUGAGGGAACUGGCAUGAUAGAUGAAGAAUUCACAGUUGCAAGACUGUACAUUAGCAAAAUGAAAUCAGAAGUAAAAACAAUGGUGAAACGUUGCAAACAGUUAGAAGGCACACAAGCUGAAAGCAAUAAGAAAAUGGAAGAAAAUGAAAAGGAGUUGGCUGCCUGCCAGCUCCGGAUCUCACAGCAUGAAGCCAAGAUCAAGUCACUGACUGAAUAUCUUCAGAAUGUGGAACAGAAAAAGAGACAGCUGGAAGAAUCUGUGGAUUCCCUUAAUGAAGAAUUAGUUCAACUCCGAGCACAGGAAAAGGUCCAUGAAAUGGAGAAAGAGCACUUAAAUAAGGUUCAAACUGCAAAUGAAGUCAAGCAAGCUGUGGAGCAGCAAAUUCAGAGCCAUCGUGAGACGCAUCAGAAACAAAUCAGUAGCCUGAGAGAUGAAGUUGAUGCAAAGGAGAAGCUCAUCACUGAGCUUCAAGACCAAAACCAGAAGAUGAUGCUUGAACAGGAACGUCUGAGAGUCGAGCAUGAGAAGCUGAAAGCGACUGAUCAGGAAAAAAGCAGAAAACUUCAUGAGCUUACGGUUAUGCAGGACAGACGGGAACAAGCGAGACAAGAUUUAAAGGGUUUGGAAGAGACAGUGGCAAAAGAACUUCAGACUCUUCACAAUCUUCGGAAGCUGUUUGUUCAAGAUCUGGCUACUAGAGUGAAAAAGAGUGCUGAGAUCGACUCAGAUGAUACAGGAGGCAGUGCUGCACAGAAACAGAAGAUUUCCUUCCUUGAGAAUAAUCUUGAACAGCUUACAAAGGUUCACAAGCAGCUGGUACGUGAUAAUGCUGAUCUUCGCUGCGAACUUCCUAAACUGGAGAAGCGACUUCGAGCUACAGCUGAGAGAGUUAAAGCUUUGGAAUCUGCACUGAAGGAAGCCAAAGAGAACGCUUCUCGUGAUCGCAAGCGCUACCAGCAGGAAGUAGAUCGUAUCAAGGAGGCUGUGAGAUCCAAGAACAUGGCCAGAAGAGGACAUUCGGCACAAAUUGCUAAGCCCAUCCGCCCUGGCCAGCAUCCAGCAGCUUCUCCAACUCAUCCAAGUGCAAUUCGUGGUGGAGGUGCGUUCACUCAGAACAGCCAGCCAGUCGUGCUACGUGGAGGUGGACGGCAGGACAAAGUUUGCUGAAAAGUAAAUGCAGCGUGAGGAGGAUUGGAUAUUGUGUAGAGGGAGUCAUUCCAUGACAAUAAUCUCUCCUUUUGGGGACUGUAGGAUUAUUUUUUGAAAAUUGUAUAAAUUAUACUUGGCCUGUACAGCUCUUCCCCCUUCUACAAAUUCUGCUAACUGAUUCCCAAAAAAAACAACUAGAGUGCAAUUUUGGCGUCUCGAAAAAUGACAUGUUAAAGUGUAGCUCUGCUUAUUACACAGUUUGUCUUUCAUGUCUUAAAUUUAGUCUGCACUGUGCCAAGCUGAAUGUACAUUGAGAAAAUCUUAGUUCAAAUUUUCUAGCUUAAUUUGUGUUCAUCUUAUUGUCUUAGGGAAUGUGCAACAGUGUUAAAGUAUACUUUCAUUUUUAUCACUUCACAUAACACUACAUGUCCCACUGAAUUAGGGCGGCACUCUACAUUACAGUUUUCUUUUGGAAUGCUGCACAGAGCAUUGGAACUAACUGUGUUUGUACAGUGUGAGGAUCCUGAAGUGCUGACGAGCUGCCACGAGGCACCACACCAGCACUGACCGAAAGAGUUCAGUGUGAACAAGGCUCUGUAACUGUUAUCGACCGCCCGGCCAUGGGUGACCUAGAAUUAAAUACUGUACAGCAGGAACAGUAAACCUGAGUUUACAAAAAAGACUUUGGCAAUGGAUUAUCCCAUCUGUCCUGGUUCUGCACACAGUACAGUCUGGUGGAGUGAAAACAUUCUGCUUCAUUCUGAUGAGCCUGUCUGUCCAUUUGUCUGUAUCUGUGACGGUUCACUUUCACUGUUCUAUAAUAGUGAAAUGAGGGCAAUCUAAACUGUAACUUUAUAUCCCACUGCAUACAGUACUGGAAUUUUUGGCUAAAAUUUUAAUUUUCAAUUUUAAAAGCCUUUUUCAGCAACAGGCCAAUGAAUUCAGAUACAUAAAUAAAGGACACAACUUUUUAAACUGAUGUAUUCAGAAAUGCCAGAGGCACGUGUUUAAAAUAACAAUAAAAUAAAGUGCUACCCUGAAUUGUAUUUGUAGUCCAUUUGUAAGUAGGUAUGCGAAAUGUCCAAAGUAGUAGUUGUUCAAUACUUUUCUUCUCUUUGCAAUAAAGUCCUGUAAAGUGGCUAACAAAAUGAAACGUGGGGUUUUGAUUUUAUUUUUUUUUGUUUCGUUUUUAUUUUUAUUUUUAUUUUUUGUUUUGUUUUGAGCCCGGUACUCUUUCUGAGCUGAAUCCGGGGUUUAAAGUUUUAUAGCAUAAUUAACUUAACUUAUUCGUAGGGUUUAGCCACUAUAAUUUUUAGUUUUAGCCUUCUUCUGUAUAGAAACUAGUUACCAGGUCUUUAAGAAAGAAAAAACUUAGUAUUGCUGGAAGAAUUCAAUGAGUUUUUCAGACCUGGUUGAUACAACUUUAUGUUCUGGAUUGAGUUUUUUGCUGGGUAUUCAGGUAUUGUGGAAACAAUAGAAACUCUGUGACUGUUCAGACAGCAAAUCACUUUUAAUUUUUAUAUUUUAAAAUAGGCAAAAUAUUUAUAUUAUGAUGGAAUAUAGUCAAAUUUUAGACCUUGAACCACUUUUUUUUUCUAUAGCUACAGUCUGGAUUUUUAAUAGUUUGAUUUUUGAAGGUUGAGUGUAUCAGUUGAAAAUCCCACUAUUUUGAAGCUUUCAGCUUUUAAGACAGCUUUCUUCACUAAGGCCGCCAAACACUCCAAACUUGCAGUUGUUUUAGAGCACAGUUGAAGGCAGCAUACUGAGGAAAAAUAAUAAACAAGCAACAAAAUAUUUUGAGUUCAGUUUCUCAUCAUGGAAUCAGCACUGUCCAUUAUCUUUCUCAAAUGUUAGCUACAGGUUUUCAGGCCUUCAUUUUUCAAUGUGCAAUCAUAAAAACAAAACACACACAAAUGAAGCAGGAUUUUUUCUCAUGCCUGUGAAUGGGGGUUUCAUUCCUGUAGGUAAUUGUCAUGGGUUUUGGUGCUGAAAAUUGCUGUGUUUAAAGAAUUAGAUUAAAUAGUAAACUAGUGUGUAGCUCAGUGUACAUCACUUUUUUAUAUUUAAACUUUUUUUUUUAUUUUAAACCUUUUAUGAAGUUUACCAAGAACUGCCUCUUAAAAUGUAAAAAAAGAUAAAAACACACAACUUUCUUUGCUUUCUGGUUAGGCUGUCAUAGGUCUGCCAGACAGGACAAUUACUGUAUUUUGUAAAUGAAAAUACUCAGUCUAAACGGGGAAUGUUCAACACUGCUAUUUCAACUUGCAGUCUUUGAGUGGUUCUUAUUUUUAUGUUCCUCUAGAUCAUAUUUUUAAAAGAUGGUUUAGGAUAGGAACUUGGUGAAAUAAUAUUUAUUUCUGGUGAACAACUAAAUUAUUUACGUAACUUAAAUGCUGACUCACUACUGUGUGUAACUCUAAAUUUGACAUGAGGACAAGUCUACCUGUGGAAUCUGAUUUAACUUCAGUACACUUAAGAUGCAUUAAAACAAUUGGUUUGGGGAAGACGCCAUAUAGUUUUAACUUACCUGCAUGCUGUAAAUGUAUUUGUGUUUAAAUAAAGAGGAGAAAAAUCUUUGAA